CCAGAAAUGCUACCGUGGGGACCGCAUCAUGUGCUCUUCCAUAGCCCCCCCCCUCCCGUAAUAUUACUAAUCCCUUCGUCCUGGGGUCGCUGUAAGGCACUGGCGUGGCCAUGUCCAUGUCCUACACGGGGAGGACACAGUCAGCGAUAUGUGGCCGAGGGACACCCGACAUUACCCGCCUUGGGUGGGUUGCGGCUACAUGGCUGUGCAGAGGAUUAAGGGGAAAUAACAAAUUCGAGUGGGCUACUUGGGUCAGAGCACACGGCUGGGGGCUGUGUCUCCUCUAGGUGGCCCAGGAACAAAGCGGUGGGGUGUAGGCCGAGUGGUGGCUUAGUGCACCGGCCAGUGCUGCUGAGCUGACUCGGCAGGUGUCUGUAGAUCUACCAAAGCAAUGCGGAAGAGGGAGGUAAUAAAUGUCUUACAAUCAAAACAUCAGUGUGAUGAAGGAGAAGCUCACAUGAUUUGUAAUAAGGUCCAAGAAAAACUCCUCAAAGAGUGUCAUGAUCCAGCUAAGGUGUGCAUUACUGAUUUAAGGAUCUCACAUUGGGAAGAAGCAAUACAAGAAACAAAGGGUGGUGAAGCUAAUCGAAAUAUGGCGGCAGAAUGUUAUUUCCUUUGGAAAACUACACGCCUCCAGCAUCUAACCUUAACAGAGGAGACAAGAAGCAUGCUUACAGAACUUCGAAAAAUGGUCCGCUUGCUUUUAUUAACUAAUGGAGACAAACUCACUCAGAGGGAGAAGAUUGAAGCAUGUGCCUGUCAACCAUACUUUGAUGCCAUUGUUGUGGGUGGAGAACAGAAAGAAGAGAAACCAGCACCAUCUAUAUUUCAUCAUUGUUGUGAUCUGCUUGGGGUACAGCCUUGGGACUGUGUGAUGGUUGGUGACUCACUAGACACAGAUAUUCAAGGAGGCCUGAAUGCAGGUUUGAAAGCAACUGUCUGGAUAAAUAAAACAAUGACAAUGCCAGUAAACACUUCCCCAGUACCUCAUUAUAUAAUUUCUUCUGUUCUUGAUCUUCCAGCACUCUUACAGAAUAUGGACCACAAAAUGAAUGCUAACUUAGAAACUGACAAAAUGGUUAGUAUUAAUGACGUACAUGACAGUGCCAAUAUAGAAUCUAAGAAAUGCUAAGUCCUUAGCCUGCUAAUGUUUUUGUUGAAAGUUUGGCCCUAAAAUCUUACACACGUAAACAUGUUUACUCAAACAGUGGAUGGGUGAGUUAUUUAUUAGUGGAGUUCAAUAGAAGAAAAGUAUUGAAGUGAAUCUUGUUAUUGAUGGAAAUUUUUUGAAAAUAAAUGAAGCAUAAGUGCAAUUGUCAAAUUUAUGCUACAUCUGGAAAUUACGGAGAGACUUUUUUUUAAGCAUAGGUCAAAGACAACCCUGCUCAUCAGUCUUUUGCUUUUACAACGAAAAAGGAAGAACUCCAUGUUUUGAUUUUCAUUUUGGUUUGCUGGCUUAUAAAUUUAGCAGGAAUUUCAAUACUAAAAGAUUGUUUGUGGUGUAUAAAACAAUAGAAGGUGGAAGAGAAUAUGGUAGAAUUCUAGAUUCUUCCCAAUCUAAUUCAUAGAUUUCCUCAAUAAGGAUUAAAAUGAAUUUCUCCAUUUGAAAAAGUGAGUGGAUUUAGUACAUAAAGCAGCCCAUUCUAAAAUUUUUUACUUUGCUUUUUGGGCAAACUUAUUGACUUUGUAAUUUUGGAAGCUAGUGACUUUUCUCAAAUUUUGCAGUGACUGUUCUUAAAUGAUAAGACUCAAAUCCCUGUCAGAAAAAUACAUAUGUACACCUGAAAGCUUGCGUAUGUAUAGGGGACCAUUUAUCAGCAGGACUUUAUGGAUAGAGUUUUGUUUUAACCACAUACAUGUAUCUGCACUAAAACAGUAUUUGUAAUGCAGAUUGAUUUACGUUGCACUAUAUUGUGAGUUAACUGAUUUUUUUUUUUUUUUUUGGACAUUUGCAAUGGUCUUUGCUCAGUUUUGUCUAAUAUUCUUAAAGCUCAUGCAGUUGUUCUGUUUGGUUUUUUAUUAGUGAAUUUUGAUCAAACUUUGGUCGUGCAGUUGGCUCAGGAAGGUGCAGGGGUCUACCCACUUGGAGCCAGUAACAGGAUUGCAGCCUUUUGGGCUACUACUUCCAUUGCUGUAGAACCUUUCCAAGUUCUAGCUUCUACAUGUACUUCAUCUGUAUUUUGAAAAAUUGUAUAAUAGUAAAAAAUAAGUGGUUUGCAUAACUUUUCCAGGAACUUGAAUUCAGGUAUAGGAUAUAACACUAGAUAAAUAGCUUUGCAGUGUAUACUAUUGACGCUGGACUUAGAUUACCCUGUUUAUGCCAUAUUAUAACACUACUCUUCCUCCACAAAUUUAUUUAAUUUUGCUGUACUUCAUUUCCUUUUGUGACAGUUAAUUUCCCUCCUUAUAAAACACCUCUUUUUUUUCAAGAAUGUAACUUUUCUCACACUUCAAAAAUAUGAACAUUUGGGAACAUUACAUUUUAAUUUUCAUAUUUUUAGAAGUUAGGAUUAAUACUUCCAAUAAGUGUAUUGCACAUUUUAACACCCAUGCCUGUCUGACAUUAUGUGAUGGAUCACAAAUUUCAUGUUUUAAAAAAAAUGUUCAUCACAAUUGAUAGUUAUAUUUUGGAUAUGUUUGAGUUAGGAUAAAAAUAUUUCAGAGUUGGAGAGGCAUAGAACACCAUAAAGCAAGGAAACCUACCAGAAGAUGUGGAAGGACAUGUCUACAUGAGAAAGGUUUAAAUUCACACCUUAGCUGCAUUAGUUGAACCUAUUUUAAACUAGUGCAGUGCCCUGCAGAGACCUCUUUUCGUUUAAAUGAGGCUUUUUUGAUUUAACUUAAAUUGAUUGGCAACAGAGUUAAGCUAAAUCAAAAUGUCAUCCCUAAACUGAAAUAAGUGUCCAUGAAGGAUUUUGCACUUUAAAUUGAUUUUUAAAAGAAAAGUUCAA